AUGAUUCAUUUCAAUGAUCCUCUCUUGCAUUAUACAUGUUUUACCAUCGUAUUAUGUCCUGUUAUAUGGAAUAUCUUAGCACGUUUAUGUUAUAAAUUUAUACCUAAAAAUACUCCAACAUAUAUACGUUAUAUAGCAUGUUAUUUAUUAACGAUAUGGAUAUUUUCAUUUUCAUCAUAUCGAGAUUAUUUAAUUCGAAAAACAAUACAAAAUCAACCAAAAUUAAUAUUAUUCGAAGAUUAUUAUUAUUUAAUAGAAUUUAUUGCUAUAGUUAUAUUUAUUAUUGGACAAAUAUUUGUUUUUUCAUCAUUUUAUAAAUUAGGUAUUACAGGAACAUUUUUAGGUGAUUAUUGUGGAAUUCUUAUGGAUACACCAGUAACAACAUUUCCAUUUAAUGUAUUAAAUAAUCCAAUGUAUAUUGGAUCAACAUUAUCAUUUUUAGCUUUAGCAUUAUAUUAUUCUUCACCUGUUGGUAUUCUACUUACAAUAGAAGUUUAUAUAGCUUAUAGAAUUGCAUUAUUAUUCGAAGAACCAUAUACAAAAUGGAUUUACGAGCAGAAAAACAAAUAA